UUCUUUCAACACGGAAGUUGCCUACAUUUUCGCAAACGCAAAAACAAACAAGCAUACGUCAGGAAAAGGGUGCUGAGUAUUGGUGAAAGGGAAAAGACAGAGUGCUUCGUUAAAACGUGUUUGAGGGUGGCGUAAGUCACGAGUUCAUAUCAUACAAGCCGUAAGAAUAGUCGCUGUUCGAUGACAGAGACGGGGAACAAAUAACAGACAAAAGAUGGCGACCCAUGCGGCGGAACUUCACGACUUGCCGCCGUACACGGCGAUGUUGUGGUCCCAAUUUCAGGCUUGUCCGCCACUCCUGUACAACUUGUUCGAGUCGACAGUCCGCCCAGGGGAUGUGGCUCAUCAGUCCGACAAAGUGUUUGACGUGUCGGGAUCUUUGAUCAGUCACAAACUCAGUGAGCUGACAGUGAAAAACAUUGAAGAACUUCACCGUCUGACCAACGACCUACUCAAUAUGCCAAUCUUGUUCCACAUCAAAGUGGAGCAUCAGCGUACAGACAACUACGUGGUGGUCAGAGUACGCAAGAAGUGGAAAGAUGAGUUUGCAGUGUUGGUAAACACACGUCACCCCCAGAUUCGGGAGAUGAUCACUAACAAGCUUACACAGGCCAUGCAAUAUAUGCAGGAAGGAAAGAAUUUUUGUCUGAAGUUGGACUUUGGACCUAGUGUGCGACAGUGGUACAGUGGUAUCGUGGACAGCCAGGUGACGUUUUGUGACAGUCGAUCCAACAAUGAUUCAGGUCACAUGACCCUUUGGGUGACCAAUUACUCGACCCCAAUGGAAUGUUGCACAUCCCUCCUCUGUAUCUUCAUAUGCUUUCCUCUCUGGCUUGUGUGUGGUGGGCCUUGUUAUGUGACUCACAGAAAAAUAAAGUGCAUAGAUGAAGAACAAGAAUUCAAUGACUUCCCUGUGACUUUGCUGUCCGGAGUGACCAGAACUGUCACCAUUCAGAGGCAAGCACCUGUUCCCCAGGCCCCUCAAUACCCAUCAGCCCCUCGGAAUCAGCCAAUGCAACAGUAUCCUCCACAGGGUCCGAUGGCACAGCCUCCCUACAAUCUCCAGGGUCAGCCCCAAGGACCGUACCCGCCAGUGGCGCCUCCAGCCUAUCCUGGGCCACCUCCACAGUACACAGCUUGAGGUAGUUUCUGAUUCAAACAUGAAACACGAUGCCUGAAAACAUCAAAAUCUAUAUAUGGAACAAUCUAGUAUGUAACAAGCUCCUCACUUCGUCCUAGUGCUUUAUGUAGACUUUGACAUCAAACCAAGUUUAAUGGUGGACAGAGGUCAUGACCUCAGUUCUAUGUCAGAUUAUUAUUGUCAAGGUCAGUGGUUGUAUGUCAUUGACCAUUAUGCCAUGGUCAUUGGUUGUGAUGAACUUUAUACCCUAGUGUAAUGGUGGUUUGUUUGACCUUGAACCUGACAUCAUGGUAAUUGGUCUUUGUGACCUUGACCAUGAUGACGUAUCUUGAUCCCGGUGAUAAAAACGCUUUUUGAUAUUUGAUAUGCAACGAUGUUCAAUAUGGUGGUGGACAUUAUUGAAAAGUGCUUUUUGUAACAAAACAAAUUCAUUUCGCCAUUUAUAUAAACGUGUACAGAACUUUGUCAGCUGCGAUUCCCAUACAUGUAAUCAUAGAAACAUCAUGCUUUAGUUGUGUGUAUUCUAUAUAACAGUGAAAUAUGUUGUCAACAUAUACAAAUUACCAGAUUAUGAAAUACAGUAUAACCUGUCUAAACCGGAUGUCACCAGAACCAAACUAUUUGUCUGGUUUACACAUGUGUCCGGUUUAUACAGUCGGCAUGUCAUUUUUUGAAAAAACAAAAAUGUAGUGUUUUGCAUACAAUCUUUUUACAAGUGUGUCAACAUAAACAACAGAGAAAUUAAUCAGAUUAUAUAAUACAAAUGAAGGGCGACCCAGCAUUGGAUAGCGCUAAUUUGUUAAGAAUGUGUUUGCUUUAGAUUUAGCCGGCAGAGAAAUAAUUUCAGGACCGGAAUGAACAGGUUGUUUUUACAUUGAUCACUAUGCCAACUUUUGUGAAACAAUGCCAGUUUUCGGAAUGGGCAGGGUCCGGUUAUACAGGGUUUAACUGCUAUGAUUAUAUAGGGAAUAUGCCGGGACCACAAAUUUCCGCUGGUUAAGACAGGGAUCUGGAUUAGACAAGGGCCGGUUUAGAUAAGCUAUACUGUAUAAUGUUUCAUGGUCAGGAAAUCUAUAUAUAUUGACAUUUUCCUUUUUUUGAGCUGCACAACAUUAAAUGUUGUUAGGUUGUAUUUUUUAUGAUGUUAACUAACACUCUGCUUUAUACAGUGAUUUUGUGCCAUAGUUUACAGGAAUAAGUUAGUCUCAUUAUAAUUAACAAAACAUUGUCAGAAUAUGGUUGAUGAAAAAAAAUGUUUUCAAAAAACAAAACCCCUACCUUCCAAUUCUAAUGUUCUUGCAAAUGCAAUUAUGAAUUGCCAUAAUGUUUUUUAGGGGAUUUCAAGAGAAUGUGAUUCUCCAAUAAAGCUUGUCGCUGAUCGCCAAUCUUCAUAUUUUUAAGUUCAAGUUGACCCCAGUAUUUCAAAUAUUAAUUCAUUGUAAAUUGUUUAUUUUCUUAAAGCAUUUAAGAUCAGAUGAAUGAAAUAAAGUAUAUCUCCAGUAUUCAAGUAUUAAUAGAGUACAAUUAUUUAUUAAUUAUCAUUAAUACUGACUUCAGAUCCUCAAAAAAAGCUGCUUCUGAUGCCCAAAACUAUAAACUUGCCUAAGUGGUAAUUCAAAAGAUAGUACAUUGUAUUCACACCAAAAAAUACUUCAAAGAAUGGAAACUUUCUAUUUCACCAAUUUCAAGGCAUUUGUCUCAGUGACUUGAUCAUGAGGACUUUAUUCAAAUGUGGUGACAAUACAUAUGUUGGAAUUAUAUUUUGCUGCAAAUUUAAUAUCAUUUUUCACAACAUAUUUAUAUUUUGAAGACAGCAAUAUGCUGUGCCUUAAAAUAUGUUUUUUUUUCUACUUUAAGGCUUUAUCCUACAGAGAGUACACUUUGUGUUUAUAAUGUUUUUUCUGUUUUUAUGUUAUAAACUUCUCGUGGCUUUGUGGCGUAUUUAGUUCAGCUCUAAAUCAAAACUAGGCUAAAAUGCUUUUCAGAUCAGUUAUAGCCUAAUUGAGAACUCAUUUAAUGUGUCAUGAUUUUUAUAUGCAGCUUAAAUUUUUAUGUGCUUAUUACAGAAAAAGAAUUUGAUAUAUUUCAAAUAUAAUUGCAUUUUAACCAUAUUUUGUAAAACUUUUAAUAUGCAAUAGCUUAUUUAAUAAGGUUCUAUUCUCAUAUUUUUGAAACAUUUAGCAAUGGAUAACUUGAUUAGAUAUUUUAUACCAAUAUCUUUUACACUUGAAAACAUGACAAUUGUGAAAGAAAAAACCUGUCAUUAUUGACAUCAACAGGGCCGAUCAAAUAUGGCUCGUGACAUGAAUAUCAUAUUCGAAACUAGAUUUGUUGGCCGAAACACUUGUAUUAAUUACAGUCAUAUUACAUGAUGUCCGACACAUCAGGUGUCAGUAAAGACAGGUUUUACUGAACAUGAUAUAUUCAACUGUUGGAUAAUGACAUGAUUUACGUAAAUAUGACCAGCACAAUGUCAGAUUUUUUAUCAAAUGGCUGUGUAUAUUUUUGCGUUCCAUAUUUUCUUCAAACUUGUUGUAUUUAAUUAACAUUGCAAUUUAUUUUGUCAUGCUUGCCAUUGCUGCAAUGCAUUUUUAUAUACAAGUUUGUAGAUGUUUAACUACAUGCUUGAAUUUUUCACAAGGGACCUUACAAGUGUUUGAACUAGAAAAUUUGCAAAAUUAUUUACUGAAAAAGUUUUAUAUUAUUUUUUAUUCCAUAAUUUAUUGGAAAAAAAAUGAAGAACAAAGACGUCUACUUGAAAUGUUGAGAGAAAAUUUGGUGAUGUUGUACUGGUAAAUGUGACUUAACAAUGACUAUGUUUAAAUGCAUUGCAAACACCAUUCCUGUCCAAGAUGGCAGUGAUGACCAGGGGAGGUAACUCUAACAGCUAAGGAAAGCUAUGUAACAUACACACCAUAAACAAUAGUUUAUAGCUUUGAAACAAUAAUCUUUAUUAAGUUGAGAAAGUUUUAGUUACACAUAAAGCUAAAACUCUCAUGCUUCAGUGUUAAGUAUCAAUACUUACUAUGAAAAAUGAAAAAGUAUAUGGUAAUUUUUGCAUGAACCCUUGCCUGUACAUGACUGCUGUGUAUUUAAGUGAACAACAUGCACUUCUGAACAAACUGCUGAUAAUUCUUAAUCUGUUGGUGAUUGAAUACAUGUAUUUCCAGUUUUAAAAACUUAUGUCUGGUUGAAUGUAGUUGUGAAAUAUGAAAUAUUCCCAUGAUUUUGUAUCGUACGUGUACAUGUAUACAGUUGUUCUCCUGUAACUCCAAACAUUUCAUUUGAAGAGCAAAUAAUACUACAAUUCAAAGAUAAGUGUUUCGUGCUCAAGAUUUGAUAUUCAUCAGUGUUCAAUUCUAUAACGGUUGUACCAACCUAUGAACGGAAAGAAAACUAAAGAGUGAACAUUCUUCAGAGGAUGAUUUUUCGUGUCCAAACAAAAUUGUCUUAAAUAAGAUAUCGGAAAUAGGCCUGUUUAUAUAAAUCAGUUGUUUUAGAUAUUUUCUCUCGCUUUUAACGGAUUACGUUACAGCAUAGAACAAAAAUACAUGCGAGUGUAUAAAACCUGAUAAUUUGGUAUCAAAUGGCCGAUUUAGUCGACUUAGUUUUUUUGUUCUGAGGUAACAGUGGACCCUUAUUUGUAAAGAUACAUAUUGAUAUUUUUUAAAAAAAUAAACAAGUUUGUAUUUAACAUAA